AUGGCCAAAGUCAGAUCAGGAUCAGUCUGCAACAACCCAAGUUCCAUUAUCAACAGGCCAGACGAAUUAACAGGGCUUCGGUACUUGGGAAGAAAGAAAGUAGAAGAUGGCGAAAUUGCUGUUUUUGGAGCAGAAAAGUACUUCAAUGGCGUGAUGGAUGGAGAGAGUCCAAGAGCCCGAAGCAUCAAUGGCGCAAUGGGAAAACCGCCGACACCCAAUGUUGCUCCCAAAUUUCGAUCCGCAAGGUCGCCGAGCAUCCAUUCUGAAUUCAGCGGGAACAGCCGGAGCGGGUUACUGCAGAUUUUCCCUAGAAACCCAGCCCAGAAAGAAGCCUGUGAUAAGAGGCGUGGCAAGAGUCCCCUCAUCACAGGUCUUUCUUGCAAAUUAUGCUCCUGCACCGGCGGCAACUCCGUCCAAGUUGACGACCGUCCCGGGGGAAGCAAUUCCAAGAGAUUUGAUUCUGCUCGAACGAGCUGCAGAUCGAGGUCGAAUUCUUGCAGGUUCACGGAGGAGAUCAUGCAUUGCAAGAAGAUUGAAAAACUUGGAAUUGUUGGGUCGAACCCAGAAGACAACUUUAGCUUCCCAAUCUUGAGUCCGACGGCCGGGAACGUACUGAAUGUAGAAGAAGACGGGGAGGAGGAGAGGAAGAUAUCCUUCACCGGAUUCGAUACGGUUCAAAUUCAGGCGAGCUGGGAUGAAAAAUGCAGCUGCGCCGAAACCGACGAGAGCUCGGACUUGUUCGAGAUCGAGAGCUUCACGAACAAUUCCGCGACGUGCUACUCUCCGAUGGAAGCGAGCGUAGCGUGGAGCGUCGACACCGCGAGCGCGACCGAGUUCUCGGUGGCGCAGUCGGAUACAGAGGAAACCGAUGCAGUUAGGGCCCAGAAAAUGGCCGGGAAACCCAACGGCAAGGAAACGGAGAAGCGGCCUUCUCCCGGCCGGCUGUUGGGUUGCGGGAGCCGGGAAGCCGUGGAGGUUGUAGCGGCGGCGGAUGCAUACAGAAUAAACGGAAGGGGUAGGACCCAGCAUGCUCCGGCGGCGGUGCCGGCUCAGCGAUCGUCCAUUGAGACGUAGAACCAUGCAUGCAAGUCUUUCUGGUUCUGAAUAAUUGUGUCUUCGAUCGUACGAGGCAUCGUCAGCACCACUGUCCGCAAUGGCCGGCUGGUUGUUUUCCAUUACUGGCUUCGUCCUUGUGUUACUGUGCAAUGCCAUAAAUCAUUAAGAACAU